UUAUCUGAAUAAGAAUGGCGUCUGUGUACAGUGUUAGUGCGUUGUUGUCAAUUUUAAUUUCAAUAUUUGGAUUAAAAAGCAAUCUUUAAAGUUUUCAUCUAAAAAAUUGUAUUAUUGUGUAUCUGCUCUCUUGAAAUUUUGAUAAAUUACGUUUUAGAACGUAAGGGACUUUUUGAUUAAGGGUUACACACUUCGCAUUUUCUGGGAAAAUUAUGACCUUGAAACGUCGUGUCAACGUAAUAUAAGUUACAGUGGCGGCUCGUUUAAAAACACAAAUCUAAGUUCAAAGAAAAUAAUAUUUUGUUUAUGGACAAUUAAUAACAUUUUAAGAAUGGAAAGCAAGUCUAGAGAAACAUUGGAGAACAUUGUUAUUAGUGCAGAUGGAACAACACCCCAAUAUAUGAUUCAAAGAGUCCCAGAGAAUGCCCAACUUUUAAGUCAAGAACUUUUACAACAACAACAUGGAUUAGUGGUAGAUUUAGGUGGAAACGACUUUAUACCAGUUAGUUAUGCUUCUGAAGAUUUACUUUCACAAGAUCUUACAGAGGAAGAUAGAAACUUAGCCGCUGCUUUAGUAGCUGUACAACUUAGCCAACAACAAAAACAACAACAGUUGCAGGAUACUCCUUUACCUUCAUUAGUUGCUGCCUCCAACUUAGGUAUAGGAACAAAGAUAUUGGAUGAAUCUCAGUUGAUUAUCAGCAGCGAAAAGGGAGGAGGAACAAGUUUCUUGAGGAUUGUAAAUUCCGAUAAUAUUUAUGUGGAACAGCAGCCACUCAAUAAACUAGUUGAUACUGUUCGAUUCACAACUGUAAAUAGCCAAUCAUUCUCUGAAGAAGAGCCAAUUGACAAGAGUAUUAUAAAAAAAGAUGAUGAUAAGAUAGAUUCUGAUAGAGAAUCUUUAAAAAAUGAACCCCGUACUUCUAAGAAAAGCCUGCCCCACAAAAAAAGAAUUUCAAGGAAACUCAAGAAGAGCACUGUAUCAGCUUCCAAAACUAUAGUCUGCAAUCUUUGUGAGCAAUCGUUUAGCUCUAAUGAUGAAUUUGCACAACACGAAAUCUUAUGUCAGACCACAAUCACUCCAGUCAACCAAGUUAACGCGUUUAACUGCCAAAUUUGUAAUGAACCUUUUACAGAACAACUCAAGUUCUUCGAACACUUAAAGAAACAUUAUGAACCUGGAGGAGGCGGUUUGCCAACUGGACCUCCGAAAGAAAUACCUAGUACUAACAGUACUAUUAUAGAUAAGAAAACCACACCCGAAAAAACAGAACACGUUGAACAUGAACGACAAGAAAGUUUGCUGUCCAGUCUCCUUAAUUUAAGUUGCAUCGAGUGUAAUAAGACAUUCAGAAGACAAAAGACUUUUGAGGCUCAUAUGAGAGACAUACACCCAAGCAAAAAUGAACCUAUUGAUGAGUUCAGUGAACCAGAAGAUCUCAUGGAAGGUAUAACAAUGGUGGUCGAUACAAAUGAACCUGAACCAGAAGAAGAUGACUCCAAAGCAUGGUACAGGGAAGAGGAAAUCCAUCAGACUGAAGAAGACUUAAAGGAGCUGGAAUCUGGAAAUGAUCAUAUUUGCCACCUCUGCAAUCAGCCAUUCCCAUUAAGGGCCAUAUUAUUGCAGCAUUUAGUUACCUGUAGAGCAACAACAGGCAAUACAGAAUCUGCUCCUUUGGCUGUAGUUAAGAAAAUCAACAAAAAGAAUAAAAAGAAAGCCACUCACAAUUGUAACGAAUGUGAUCGUGUCUUCACACACAAAAAUUCUCUCGUUUAUCAUAUGAAGAGCCAUUCUGGUAUUCGUCCCCACCAGUGUGACCAAUGUGGCAAGAGCUUUUUCGCUUCCAGUGCUCUGAAGGUCCACUUGCGACUUCAUUCUGGAGAUAAACCUUACAGUUGCGAACAUUGCGGAAAAAGGUUCAGGCAAUGGGGAGACCUGAAGUAUCACAUAACAUCGUUACAUUCGACAGAAAAGAAUUUUCAAUGCGAAUAUUGUGGCAAAGAAUUUGCUCGAAAAUAUUCUUUGGUUGUACAUAGAAGAAUCCAUACAGGUGAACGCAAUUACAAAUGUGAAUUUUGCGGAAAAUCCUUCAGGGCAUCAUCUUACCUCCAAAACCAUCGGAAAAUACACACUGGCGAGAAGCCUCAUAUGUGUAGUGUGUGCGGAAAACCUUUCAGGGUUAGAUCGGACAUGAAGAGACAUCAGAAAACGCAUUCUAAAGGACCAUCGACGAAUUCAAAAUCCCUUAGAACUAUUUCGAAAGUGGAAAAAGUUGAAAUCAUCGAGGAAGAGGAAUUAAGCAGCGAGUUACACAUUGAAGACGAGGAGGCUGCCGGACAGUUGCUUACCGAGUAUACGCAGGAAGAAUUGGAUGAGGAGACAAGAACUGUCAGAGUACCUAACAGAAAUUUGUAUAUUAACGGCCACGAACUGUUCCUUGUGACAUAUCCAAAUGAUAUAAGGACAGGAGAACCACAAACAUCAACUGCUGCAUGGGUACAUGCACCGAAUGCAUAAACACAUUGAUAUUCUUCAUUUUCCGUACUUGAUUUAAAAUUAUUUACAUUUUAUGUGUAGGCUAAUGGUCUGAUGUCAUUAAAAGCAAUUUAUCUUAACUCUAUAUGUAUAUAUAUUGUUUUUUCAUUUCACAACGUAUUGUAGAAAAUAAAUAUAUGACUAGAUU